GGCGUCAAGGUGGAGAAGGUGGACCUGACGGAGGAUGAUGACGGUGACGUCAGCCUGGACGCCACGCUCGGCUAUGUGGCCGAAUACGAGGGCAGCUACGGCGAGCCGGACCUCUCCGUCAGCGCUUUGGUGGCCGGCGGCGCCACGGCGGCAGCGGCGGGCGGGCAGCCGGGACCGUCGCAGCGACCUCUGGAUGACACCGGACCGCCAGACCAGUCGAAACACAUGUGCAACGUUUGCGGGAAGAUCUACAAACACCGCGAAUCGCUGAACCACCACAAGAAGAAACACGAGGGACUGACGACGUGCUACAUGUGCGGCAAAGUGUGCUGUAUCGUGGCGGAACUGCGGCGGCACCUCGAGCUGGUGCAUGGCCUGACUCAGGAAGAGGUCCGGAGGAUUGUCCCCACCAAGCCGAAGGAGCGGCUGGGACUGCCUCUCGCCCUGCCGUCUCAGUGUCCCCCUGAGGUGUACCGAGAGUGAAGGAGCGUGCCUCACGAGCAGGCCUCGUUGCGUGCGUGUGUGAUCUGGCAAGAGGCGAGGGGAUUGCGUGGCGACGGAAGUCAUACUUUGCUUGCGUGGUGUCUGCUCUUUUGGUCUGCCAUUCGUCACGGCGUCAGACUCAAUAGGCCAGUUCGUCGCCUUUAGCGGAUGGUAUGCUGCACGAUUGCAAAAUUUGCAGGAUAUAUCGUGCGUUUGUUGGACAUGUUGAUGGGACCUGUUUGUUUCAGUAUUGUGGCUGGUUGUUCGAGGUGGCUUAUUUAGGCUAUUGAUAAACAUUUAUGGCAUGAUAUCUUGAGGUAAAAAUGCACGCAUCAUUACGUUAAUUUUUGUCGGUUCCGAAUUCACACUCUCUUCGAAGGCAAUUGUAACAUAAAUGGGGGUCAGAAAUUGUGUACAUUUCUAGCAUAUGCAUGUGACUAUGUAUGUUUUUGAUAUUUUCAGUUUCCGUUUGAGCUUCUAAUGCAUUCGCUGUAAGAACCUCGUAGACUUAAUUCGGAUGAUGAGGAAGAGUUUGGUCGGC